GGCAGUGGGAGUCGAGUGGGAUGCACGGGAGGCCUCUCAGCGGCGGCUCCCUGACGGGGGUAUCGGCCUCGACCGACUGUCUCCAUUCUGAGCCUUGGAUCUCCCACCUCUCUCCCUCAGCCAGGCCUCCCGGCCCCCUCGCGCAUCCGUGGUGGCCUCUGCACCAUUCCUGUUCUCCUGCCCUGCCCAUGGCCCGGAUAUGAGUAGCUCCCAAGAAGGGGCGGACGGGGUAGGGGACCCCAGGACCAGGGAACCCUUUUGUUCCGGAGGGACCCCAUCCCCUGGGCCUCCUCAGCACCGGCCUUGCCCAGACCCCAACCUAGCUGAUGACAUGGAUGCCAACAGCAAUGGCUCAAGUGGCAAUGAGUCGAAUGGGCCAGAGUCCAGGGGUGCGUCUCAGCGGAGCUCGCAUAGCUCCAACGGCAAGGACUCAGCCCUGCUGGAGACCACAGAGAGCAACAAGAGUACAAACUCUCAGAGCCCGUCCCCACCAAGCAGUUCCAUUGCCUACAGCCUCCUGAGUGCCAGCUCAGAGCAGGACAACCCAUCGACCAGUGGCUGCAGCAGUGAGCAGUCAGCCCGGGCGAGGACCCAGAAGGAACUCAUGACGGCACUUCGGGAGCUCAAACGUCGACUGCCUCCGGAGCGCCGGGGCAAGGGCCGCUCUGGGACUCUGGCCACGCUGCAGUAUGCUCUGGCCUGUGUCAAGCAGGUGCAGGCCAACCAGGAAUACUACCAACAGUGGAGCCUGGAGGAGGGGGAGCCUUGUUCCAUGGAUAUGUCCACCUAUACUCUGGAGGAGCUGGAGCAUAUCACAUCUGAGUACACGCUUCGCAACCAGGAUACCUUCUCCGUGGCGGUCUCCUUCCUGACGGGCCGAAUUGUCUACAUUUCUGAGCAAGCAGGCGUCCUGCUGCGCUGCAAGCGGGAUGUGUUCCGUGGUGCCUGCUUCUCAGAAUUCCUGGCUCCCCAGGAUGUGGGGAUCUUCUAUAGUUCCACUGCUCCAUCCCGUCUGCCUACUUGGGGUGCCGGGGCUUCAGCAGGUUCAGGCGUCAAGGACUUCACCCAGGAGAAGUCUGUCUUCUGCCGUAUUCGAGGAGGUCCUGACCGGGAACCAGGACUUCGGUACCAGCCAUUCCGCCUAAUUCCGUAUGUCACCAAGAUUCGGGCCUUGGAUGGGGCCCCUGCUCAGCCAUGCUGCCUGCUUAUUGCAGAGCGCAUCCAUUCGGGUUAUGAAGCUCCCCGGAUCCCUCCUGACAAGAGAAUUUUCACCACACGACACACUCCCAGCUGCCUCUUCCAGGAUGUGGAUGAAAGGGCUGCCCCGCUGCUGGGUUAUCUCCCUCAGGACCUCUUGGGAGCGCCUGUGCUCUUGUUCCUGCAUCCGGAGGACCGACCCCUUAUGUUGGCCAUCCACAAGAAGAUCCUGCAGCUGGCGGGCCAGCCUUUUGACCACUCUCCUAUUCGCUUCUGUGCCCGCAAUGGAGAGUAUGUCACCAUGGACACCAGCUGGGCUGGCUUUGUGCACCCCUGGAGUCGCAAGGUAGCCUUUGUUUUAGGCCGCCACAAAGUGCGCACGGCACCUCUGAAUGAGGACGUGUUCACUCCCCCGACCCCCAGUCCGGCCUUGUCUCUUGACCCUGAUAUCCAGGAACUCUCUGAGCAGAUCCAUCGGUUACUGUUACAGCCCGUGCACAGCCCCAGUUCCACAGGGCUCUGCGGAGUCGGCCCUGUGACUUCUCCAGGUCCUCUCCUCAGCCCUGGCUCCUCCAGCGAGAGCAACGGGGGAGAUGCCGAGGGACCUGGCCCUCCUGCCCCAGUGACUUUCCAGCAGAUCUGUAAGGAUGUCCAUCUGGUGAAGCACCAGGGCCAGCAGGUCUUCAUUGAGUCCCGCACCCGGCCGCUGACCCGGCCCCGCAUCCCUAGUGUGGUCAAGGCUAAGACUUUUCCCUGCCAGUCCCCAGACCCAGAGUUGGAGGCUGCGCCUGCUUCAAUCCAGGCCCCUUUAGCUGCAGUCCCCGAGGAGGCUGAGAGGAAGGAAGCCUCCAGUUGUUCCUACCAACAGAUCAACUGCCUGGACAGCAUUCUUAGGUACCUAGAGAGCUGCAGCAUCCCCGGCACGACCAAGCGUAAAUGUGCCUCCUCUUCCUCCUGUACUGCAUCCUCAGCUUCUGACGACGAUAAGCAGAGGACAGGUCCAGUCCCUGUGGGCGCCAAGAAAGAUCCAGCAUCAGCGGUGCUGUCUGGGGAGGGGGCUACUCCUCGGAAGGAGCCUGUAGUGGGAGGCACCUUGAGCCCACUCGCCCUGGCCAAUAAGGCAGAGAGCGUGGUGUCCAUCACCAGUCAGUGUAGCUUCAGCUCCACCAUCGUCCAUGUGGGAGACAAGAAGCCCCCGGAGUCGGAUAUCAUCAUGAUGGAGGACCUGCCUGGACUGGCGCCAGGCCCAGCCCCCAGCCCUACAGUAGCCCCUGAUCCCGUCCCAGAUGCUUACCGCCCAGUGGGCUUGACCAAGGCAGUGCUGUCUCUGCACACGCAGAAGGAGGAGCAGGCCUUCCUCAGCCGCUUCCGUGACCUUGGUAGGCUGCGUGGACUCGACGGCUCCUCCGUGGCUCCCUCGGCCCCUGGCUGCCACCAUGGCCCUGCACCCUCUGGCCGCCGCCACCACUGCCGAUCCAAAGCCAAGCGCUCACGCCACCACCAGACUCCCCGGACGGAAGCCCCCUGCUACGUCUCCCACCCCUCAACUGUGCCAUCCUCUGCUCCCUGGGCCCCACCACCAGCCACUCCUCCCUUCCCAGCUGUGGUCCAGUCCUACCCUCUCCCAGUGUUCUCUCCACGAGGAGGCGCCCAGCCUCUCCCCCCUUCCCCUACAUCUAUGCCCUCAACCGCUUUCCCUGCCCCCCUGGUAACUCCAAUGGUGGCCUUGGUACUCCCUAAUUAUCUCUUCCCUGCUCCAUCCAGUUAUCCCUGUGGAGUGCCCCAAACUCCUGCUGAGGGUCCUGCUACUCCUGUCUCCCCUUCUCCUUCCCCUUCUCUGCCCCCCAUGCCCCCCAGCCCUACCCAGCGCCCAGAAGCUCCACUGUUCAAUUCGAGAUGUAGCUCCCCACUUCAAUUAAAUCUGCUACAGCUUGAGGAGACCCCUCGAGUUGAGGGGGGUACAGUUGCAGGGGGCUCUGGGGACAGUGCUGGGCCCCCGCCUCCCACUGAGGAGGCUGCUGAGCCAGAGACCAGACUGGUGGAGGUGACCGAGUCCUCCAACCAGGACGCACUUUCAGGCUCCAGUGACCUGCUGGAGUUGCUGCUGCAGGAGGACUCUCGCUCGGGCACAGGCUCCGCCUCAGGUUCCUUGGGCCCUGGCUCUGGUUCUGGCUCGCAGGAGGGGGGCAGCACCUCAGCCAGCAUGACUCGUAGCAGUCAGAGCAGCCGCACAAGCAAGUACUUCGGCAGCAUCGACUCUUCGGAGGCGGAGGCCGGAGCUGCCCAGGGCCGGGUUGAGCCUGGGGACCAGGUCAUCAAGUACGUGCUCCAGGACCCCAUCUGGCUGCUCAUGGCCAACGCGGACCAGCAAGUCAUGAUGACCUACCAGGUACCCUCCAGGGACAUGGCAUCUGUGCUGAAGAAGGAUCGGGAACAGCUCCGGGCGAUGCAGAAGCAGCAGCCUCGGUUCUCAGAGGACCAGCGAAGAGAGCUGGGCGCCGUGCACUCCUGGGUCUGGAAGGGCCAGCUGCCUCGGGCUCUUGAUGUGAUGGCCUGCGUGGACUGUGGCAGCAACACCCAAGACCGAGGCCACCACGAAGACCCACUCUUCUCGGAGCUGGAUGAACUGGGGCUGGAGCCGAUGGAGGAGGGAGCGGGCGAGGGUGGUGGCUCUGGGGCGGGUGGCGAUGAGACCCGAAGCCAAGCUGGGGCCGGGCUCUUGCGCUCCCAGGACUUGGCCAUGGAGGAGGAGGAACAAGGUGGGAGCUCCUCCAGUCGAGCCUUAACUGCCACAGAAAACGGCGCAAGCUAAACUGCAUUUGGGCCACCCCUGGGAGUGCCCAGCUCUCAGAACUCAAAUGUGGCUGGACCAACCAAUAGCAAACUGCCCCAGCUUUUGCUGCUGUCGGGGGUCCGAGACCCCCUGUCACCAGCCAGGGACCCAGGGACCGCCUCUGACCUCUUGGGGAACAGAGGCUGGAACUCUUCCGUCCAUCUCAGAGCACCCUCCCCUAGAGCCCCUGGAGAGGAGGCCGCCUUCCCGUGGAGUGGACACUGCUGGCAAGCUGCUGAAGUGGUUUCCCAGAAACGUGCUCCGCCGAGUCUGGUCCCAAGGGUUGGGCUACACUUAUUUAUUGGGGGGAACAGCCCUCUUUCCCUCUCCCUGGUGGGAGGAAGGUCUGAACCCCUAGCUGCUCCAGGGUGGGGGAGGUUGGUGGACCAUGGAGUCCCUGGUGCUGCCCUCAGGUGGGACCCAGACGUUCUCAGCUGUACCUCUACCGAUGGCGUUUGUGUUUUUGAUAUCGUGUCUGUUGUUAUUUUUUAAUACAAAAAGAAAAAAAAGA